AUGACCCAAUCCGAGAAUUCCUCGAAAACCUCCAUCGAUCCGCCAUUUUUCGUGCGUUGGCUCAAUAUUUUCUUCCGAAAAACUGGAUAUUUUGUGGCGGAUAAUGAUAAAACUGUGUUGAUUGUAGGUUUUUUUUCGUCAUUUUUUUAUUCAUGGCUGGAUUUAUCUUUUAUUCUUUGCGUGGGCGCCUUUCUUGAUUUAUUAUGUCUGCGCUUAUUUGAAUUGGAAGCGAUUAGAAAAUGGAAGAAGGAAAAAAACUUGUUAUGAUUUGGAGAAAAGUUGAAUUAAGAGUAAAGAACAAGAACAUACCUUCUGAGGUCAUUUGCUUGACCUUUAACUUUUACCAGGAAAAAUUAAAAUAAUUUUUUGGGAAAUGAGAGGAGGUGAAAGUUUUGACCUCUGUGAAGGAAUUCCAUGAUUUAUUUCAGAAAUUUUUCAAGUUUUGGAAACUUGGAAAUGUACUUUUGCAAAUGUUGUCUCAAAACUUUGAUAUAGCUUGGAGGAAAUUUCAAACAUCUUUUCUGAAACAAUUUAUUUUUGGGAUAUAAAUUUUUGCUAUAUUUUGAGAAAAUAAAGUUCAAGAUAUACUUUUCGAGCGUGAGAUUUCGAAACUCAACCAUUUGAAAACAAAAAUUAAAAUAUUUCCGUGGCCUCCAAAAAUACGCUCUACACAUUUUGACCCCAAAAAAUUCUUCCCAUAUCAUAUUUCACAUCUCAAAAAAAAGUUUGCAGAUAACCCUACUGAUCACCGCUUUAUGUUCAUCAAAAAUCCUAUUCACCAAACAAGAAGACGACAUCAAGACAGGUAAGCAAUACUUAUUUUUCUCUCAUUUUUUCCGCUGUCAAAAAAAAAGAUAUGACAGACAUUGUUGCCAAAACUUUUAUGAUUGUGGGUUUUUAGAAGGUCACUCUCCUCUUUUUUUUGCAAACAAUAACUACAAUGAAAACUAAACCGCAGGAGUGAAAAGUGAAAUUUUUGUUUUGAAAAAAUCAGAAUAACAAAAAUAUUAUUGGUAAAAAUCUCUGGACCAAAAAAGUUUACUUUUAUCAAAAAUAGAAUUCUAGGAUAUACCCCAGUCGGAGCUCGAUCUUUGGAUGAAAUCGAUGUAUUUUCGGAAUUUUUUUCAUCAACUGGAGAUCCGAUCGCAGUUUUCUUAUUUGUCACAGCUAAUGAUAAUCGAUCUAUGGCUGAAUAUGAAACCAUGAAUGAACUUGUUGAAAUCCUGGAUUAUGUUGGGACAAAUUUGACUUAUAAAGGAAAAGGGUUUUAUAAUUUGUGCACUGAUUUUUGUCAAAUCAAUGAGCCUGUGAGACAAUAUUAUGUGAGUUAUUGGUUUGUUAUUCAGAACUAAAGACUAAGAAUUCAAUUUUUUCAAUUUUGAAUAUUUUGAAAAAAAAAAACAGGGAUCAGCUAUUCGAAGCUAAAAUACGCUUUCAAGAUUAAUACAUUUUCAGAAUGGUCUUGCUAUGGCCCACCAAAAUAUUUCAUUCGCCGAUUCCCGUUUCAAACUCACUUUCCCAAUGAUGCAAGUUCUUGGAAAAGAGCUUGACUUGAGCCCAAAUUUUUUCGGUGUUCGAACUGAUGAGGAUGGAAAUGUAGAAUAUGUCAAAAUUGUUAUGCUCCAAAUUCGAGCUAAUAUCCCAGCCGGUUGGAGUAAAGAAGAUACAGCAAAUUACGAACGCAUGAUUUCCAACUAUUUUCAUAAGUGAGUUUUGCUAACUUCUGGGAGUCUAUUGUUUAUCUGGAAUUUUCAGGGAAUACAAAUCAAAAUUCGUGAAACCUUUGGCUAUGUCUUUGACUUAUACUGGAGAUGAGAUUGUUAGAACAGGACUUACAAUUUUCCCAUAUAUUGGAGUUGGAUUUGGAAUUAUGACUGUUUUCUCAAUUAUUACUAUUUAUUUCAGCAGUUCGAGACUUGAUCAGGUGAGUAGAAACUAUUUUUAAACUGCGAGUGAAUUUUUCUACCUCACUUUACCAUUUUUUCAGUGGUCCGUUCACAAGGUAUCUGAAGCUAUUCUUGGAUGUGUCUGCCCACUUCUCGCAACUUCCUCUGCUUUGGGAAUACUUUUUUGGUUUGGCUUCCGAUUCGGUACAAUUCUGUGUGUUACACCAUUUUUGAUUUUGGCUAUUGGUGUAGAUGACGCAUAUCUGCAGAUUCAUGCUUGUAUGAGAUUGACUAUGGAAGAUAGUGGAAUGACCAAAAGAGAGAAGUGAGUUAGAAUUAGAACUUGGAGGAAUAAGUUACAAACCAUUUUUUUAUUUAGAAUCGCAAGAAUGUUGAUUGAAGUUGGACCAUCAAUUGCUAUCACUUCGAUGACAAACCUUUUAGCUUUCCUAGUUGGUAUCUACACUCCAACACCGGAAAUCAGUUUAUUCUGUGCGGGAAAUGCUGUCGCCAUCCUCUUUGAUUUCGUAUACCAAAUUACUAUGUACACAGCAAUCUUGUCAAUCUGUGAAAAUCUCGAGAUGCGUAAAAACGCAACAAAACGAAAGAAUUCGACGCAAUCUUUCAAAAAUGAGGCAUUCACUCAAUUCCUUGAUGGAUAUUGUGAUUGGGUUGCAAAUUCUUAUACUCAUGUUAUGCUUCUCUUCUGCUUUUUGACCUAUUUAUACGUUUCGAUUCAAGGAGCCUUGAGUAUUAAUAUUAUUUUAUCACCUGAUAAAUUAGUGAUUGGUGAUUCGCCUUUACUCGAAGUUAAUUAUUUGCGAGACACUUUUGUAUUGCCAAAUUACACAACAGUCAACAUUUUUGUCAAUAACGUGAGUUUCGCUUAUCUCGGUUUUUUCUAAAACGUAUACAAUUUUCAGCCUGGAAACUUAUCUGAUCCUAAAAACGUUGCCUAUAUGGAUUCACUUAUCGAGUCUUUCGAAUCAUAUCCAGAAUGUUUGGGAAAACGGUUCAGUCACUAUUUUGCCAGAGAUUAUGAAUAUUUCCGCACCGAAUCGCAAAUUGAAGAAGAAGAAGGAGAAGUCGAAGUUUUCGCAAACCCAUACUCAAAACCAGCUAUGAGAGAAUUCCUUGCUUGGCCAGAAUUCCAAUAUUGGAAUGGAUUUGUGAAAUUCGACAAAAACGAAAAUUUGUCUAAAUUCUGGGCGACAGUUUCAUAUCACGGGGAGAAGCUGGGAGAUUUUCAAGUUAGAAAAGAACUAUUGAAUCGUUGGAGAGAAACUGCAGAUCAAUUUGAAGCCUUGAACGUGACAAUCUUUGAUGAUUAUGCUCCAUUCGUUGAUCAAUUAUCAACAAUUCUACCAGCAACUAUUUCAACAUCAGUUUGCACAUUGAUUUGUAUGAUGAUUGUCUGUUUCCUAUUUAUGUAUAACAUUUUCACCGUAUUCGUCGCAACUUUGGCAAUUACUUCAAUUUGCAUUGGUGUCUUUGGAUUCCUUUCAUUAUGGGGAAUUGAUCUCGAUCCAAUCUCUAUGGCUUGCACAAUUAUGUCAAUCGGUUUCUCUGUCGAUUUCCCAGCCCAUAUCACAUUCCAUUAUUUCCGCGAAGGACUUCAUGACCCACAAUCCACUCCAGCCAAACGAGUUGCUCGAUCUUUAGCAGCUAUUGGAUUCCCACUUUUGCAAUGUGGCAUUUCAACUAUAUUAUUUGUCUUAUGUCUUUUAUUUGUGCCAACUUAUAUGGGAGAAGUAUUCGUGAAGACAAUGAUCCUUGUUGUAACAUUGGGAUUGAUUCAUGGAUUAUUUAUUGUUCCUGCGUUCCUUUGCGCUUUCACAAGUAUUCAUAAUGCAUUUUCAGUGUCGACAAAAGUUGCACACGCUCAGGUGAGAAAUGAUUUUUUGAUAGAAACACUUUAAUAUUCCAAAAAUUAUCCGCGUUCGAGAACAUUCUCGCGUACAUGCACACCUAAACUAUAUAGUUUUUCACACAAUUCAAUCCAAUUUUUGAUAUUUUCCAGUCUCUUUCAUCAAUGGCAAAACUCUUCUCGUGGCGGAUCUCACCAUCAACAAGUGACAGCAAAAUUUCAGCCUAA